UGCUGCGAAUCCUCAAGAAGCAUGUUGGGGAGUUCCGGUGAAGCCAUGGUGGUGGCAGAACCAGCAGUUCUACUCCAUGAAGUGGUCAGUAAUACUGACACAGCGACCGCACUCUUUUCAAAUUCAGGUGAAGAAGAUCAUCAGAAGCAUACUUCUGGCGACGUUGAUCAUGAGGGUGGUCAUGAUGACGACCACCGGAGCUAUGGAGGUGGAGGAGGAAACCGGUGGCCACGCCAAGAAACUUUGGCCCUUUUGAAGAUAAGGUCCGAAAUGGAUGCUGCUUUUCGUGACUCCACUCUCAAAGGUCCAUUGUGGGAAGAUAUUUCAAGGAAACUAGGGGAGCUUGGUUAUCACAGAAGUGCCAAGAAAUGCAAGGAGAAAUUUGAAAACGUGUACAAGUACCACAGAAGAACCAAAGAAGGCCGAUCUGGAAAGCCAGAUGGAAAGACAUAUCGGUUUUUCGACGAGCUUGAAGCUUUUGAUCAUCAUCAGAAUAGUCAACAUCCAUCUAUAAUACCACCAAAACCUCCAGUGGUGCUGUGGACCAACAACAGCAACCACCAUCCAAACCUAAGUGUCCCUCCUGUCGUCACUGUUCUCCAAAACGGCGUCACUCCAGCCGCAGAUCCAAUAAUGCAUUCAUCAACAAACAAUUCUUUGCUGCCACAGCAAAUUCAAUCAUCACAAGAUAACAUUAAUGGUUUCCGACUACUGAAUCCGACUACCAAUCUGUUCUCCAGCUCUACUUCUUCCAGUACUGCCUCAGACGAAGAGUUUCAGCAACAAAACAAGAGGAAAAGGAAAUGGAGGUACUUUUUCACAAGACUGACAAAGCAAGUUCUCGAGAAGCAGGAGAAGCUGCAAGAGAAGUUCUUGGAAGCCAUUGCCAAAUGCGACCAAGAGCAAAUGCUGAGAGAAGAAGCUUGGAGAAUGCAAGAGUUGGCAAGAAUCGAUCGCGAGCACGAGGUUUUAGUCCAAGAGAGAUCGACCGCAGCAGCUAAAGACGCAGCCCUUAUACAAUUCUUGCAGAAGGUUUCACUGCAACAUAACUCUAAUGAUAGCGGAUCCUUGGAGAUCAAUGCUGCCGUAAUUCAAGUAAUACCACCGACAAAUGCCCCUCGGCCAUUGCCAACCCUACCAGUCUCUUGGGCAAUGGACAACCGUGGCCUCACUACUAGUUCUGAUGUAGCUCCUAGAAAUUUGGAAGCUAAGAAAGUGUAUAGUAAAGGCGAAAACAAUCAAUCUGGCCUCACUCCUAGUUCAAGAUGGCCGAAAACGGAAGUUCAAGCAUUGAUAAAUCUGAGGACAACUCUUGAUGUCAAGUAUCAGGAAGCUGGGCCUAAAGGGUCUUUGUGGGAGGAGGUAUCGUCCGGGAUGAGGAGGCUCGGCUACAAUCGGAGCUCGAAGAGGUGCAAGGAGAAGUGGGAGAAUAUCAACAAGUACUUCAAGAAGGUUAAGGAGAGCAGCAAAACGAGACCGGAGGAUUCAAAGACAUGUCCUUACUUUCACCAGCUUGAAGCUUUGUAUAAAGAGAAGAACGACAAGAUUGAGUAUCACAAGUCUUGCAUUGACGUCGAUCGCAGUGUUGAGAAGCUCCAAAUAAUGCAGCCACUGAGGGAAAAUGUGGAUCCAAAUCAAGAGGAAAAUGAACUUGAUCAUGGUGAAGAUGGAGAAAGUACGGAGGAAGAUCAAGAACAUGAUCAUAGGGAUAGUAACAAGUUACAAACCGUCAUCAAUGGAGAUGGUUGAGUCAUGAAGAAUGAUCGAGACAGCCAAGACAGCGAUAACGAAUUUUAUUAAUCUUCAUCAAUCAUCAGAUCCAGUUGACGUAAAAUGUUAAUAUUCCAAAAGUGUCCCAACACAUAACUGAAAAGCCAAAUAUAAAUGGAUUAUA